CAGAUGUAAGAAGCAUACGUACUUCAUGAUCAGUAUAGGAAUCAAUCAAUGUACAAUUACAUCAGUGGAUCUUCUCGUCCUCUUUAUUUCAAGCGACCACUUGUACCAACAAUGACAGACACUCCUUUAAAAUUGAGUCAACCUCCAGUUUAAUAAGUAAAGGAAUAAGUUCUUCCUGCCAAGGUGACGAUAGAGAGAGUAGAUUCAAAAUUAAAUAGUAUAGGUUAAGGAUGUUGAGAUUUAAACUGAUUACAGAGAUGCCGAAGCUUAAACUGCUCCUUAUACGCCUGCUCAUGAUCAAAGUGAUGAUUAAACAAUAGAAAUUUUGGCUUUGCAACAUUUAAAAUGGGACAAGGGUUUGCCUGCUUCAAUAGAGGAACUGGAAUCGAUCGAAUGGAAUAGAGAAAAAGUGUGGUUUGAAAAUUCGCUGCCUCCGAUCUCAGAUGAAGCCUCAUUUAAAUUAAGAAGAGCCUUAAUGAAAUCAUAAGAGGAGAGGGAAUGGAAGAAGAAGGAGACAGACAUCAAGAUGUAAACAGUUAUAUUUAUGGUCUUUUAGUACUUAAAAUGAGAGAUUGUAUUUGCUCUAGGAAGCAUUAAAGGAGAGGGAAAAGGAUGUGGAAGAGAAAAAUGCUUAGAGGAUUGAGAGCAUUAAGAUUAAGAAGACAGAACUAAAGAAUAGAAUGGUUGCUAAGAUUUAGAAGAGGAAAAUCAAGAUAUUGAGAAAGAUGCAAAAGAGUCGAAAGGAGAUAGAUAAUGAGGAUAAGGGCAGGGAGAUAAUUGAGGAUUAUGCUAAUUUUGCUUCUAAAGUGUACGCAGGAAUUACAAGAGAAGGAUUGAGUUUAGACAAGAUUGCGAGCAAGUAUGAAGUUUAGCCUGUUGCUCUCAAUACGUAUAAGGGUCUGACUGAGUUGUCCACUACAAUUAAGCCAUCCAUCCUAGAAACUACUGUAAAUGUGGCCUAAUUUAUUAAAACCAUAGAGAAGGAUUACACUAGAUUGGAGAUACAACAUAAAAUUGAAGUAAACAAAGCAAGAAAUCAAAUAUUUGGUACAAACAAGCAGGAUCAAUCUAAUGAAAAUUAAGCAGAUCACAUUGGAAAUAAGAAUAUUAUAAUAAGGCCAGCUACACCCACAUAUAAUUAGGAAUUUGAGAAUGGAGAUAUAAAGAGACAGGAGAGGAAGUUUGAGAAUUAUGAGUAAUUCAAAGAGGAAGCAAUUAAAAGACAAGGGGAUGAUAGAAGAAAUUCAGCUGUGGUCUUGCUACAAAGGCUGUUUAGAGGAAGAGCAAUGUAAAAUAUAAUGUACGAAGGAAAAGAGAAGGUAUUGGAUUAUGAAAUUAAAAAUAGAGAACUGCUUUGAUUGAAGAACUUUUAACUGUGGCUAAAAUUCCAGAUUUACCGGAAGCUGAAUAGGAAGAGAUUUUGAUGCAAUAACAUGAAGAGAAAGUGAAGAAUGCAGCCUUGGAAGCUAUUCAAGGAGAGGUGAUUGCUGAGACUUUGGACAUGCUGAGCAAGGAAUUACUGAGAAUCAAAUAGUAGAAGAAGAUAGCUUAGAUGAUGAAAUCUGCAGAGGAGGACAGGAGAUUAAGAGAGAUUUAAGAGGCAGGAACAAGAUAAGCUGAAUAGAUUCUAAGAGACAGAGAGGAUGUGCAAUAUAAUCAAAUCAUGAGAGUUCAUUAAGGGACAGUCGAUACUUAUUUACAUUGGAUUUUCAAGAAUACUAUAGAGCAAGGUAUAGAUUGUUAGGAUGUGAAUUAGCUGCCACAAGACAGGCUACAAUAAUGACAAAUCUGAGGAAAUCAAAGAUGAAUGCUCCAGUGGAACAUUUUGAAAGGAAGUAUAAUAGUGAUGAGACCAUCAUAAAGGACCUGGUAUAACAGUUCUUAAUACCUAACGUAUAGAGGUCUAAGUUGCAAAAAUAAAGUAGUUUUGUUAAAAUUAUCAAUAAGUUUAAAUUGAGGAAAGGAGAUUUAAUGAGGCUGCCAAAAAAUCCAUUCAAGCAACUUUAUCUUCAGCUGCCUAAGAACUUAAUCAAAGAUGAU